GGCGGGGAUGUCCCAGAGACCAAUUACCUGUUCAUGGGCGACUUCGUCGACCGCGGCUUCUACAGCGUGGAGACCUUCCUGCUGCUGCUGGCGCUCAAGGUGCGGUACCCAGACCGGAUCACGCUGAUCAGGGGCAACCACGAGUCGCGGCAGAUCACGCAGGUGUACGGCUUCUACGACGAAUGCCUGCGCAAGUACGGCUCGGUCACCGUGUGGCGCUACUGCACCGAGAUCUUCGACUACCUGAGCCUGUCGGCCAUCAUCGACGGCAAGAUUUUCUGUGUGCACGGCGGGCUGUCCCCGUCCAUCCAGACCCUGGACCAGAUCCGCACCAUCGACCGCAAGCAGGAGGUGCCGCACGACGGCCCCAUGUGCGACCUGCUCUGGUCCGACCCCGAAGACACCACGGGCUGGGGCGUGUCACCCCGCGGCGCCGGUUACCUGUUCGGCUCGGACGUGGUGGCGCAGUUCAACGCGGCCAACGAGGUGUCCAUGAUCUGCCGCGCCCACCAGCUCGUCAUGGAGGGCUACAAGUGGCACUUCGGGGAGACCGUGCUCACCGUCUGGUCCGCGCCCAAUUACUGCUACCGGUAUGCUAAUGAGAUGCUAAUGAGGGGGGGAUUAAUUGGGAGAUACCCGAGGGACAGGGGUGGUUCAGUAGAGGCUACCUGGGGGGCAGGUGAGGUUUGGGGACACCAGCUCGUCAUGGAGGGCGACAAGUGGCACUUCGGGGAGACCAUGCUCACCGUCUGGUCCGCGCCCAAUUACUGCUACCG